UUUGCUCACGUGCGGUUGUGUCGUACAUUUACGAAACACAACCCAUGAGAAAUAUAGUGUAGUUUUUUAAUUAUUAAAAAACCAAAAAAAAGUAUAAAAUUUAAAUUAAAUAAUAAAAAAAAAAAAAGGAAAAAUUGAUAAAACUUGAAAAAAAAAAAAAUAUUACAAUUAAAUAUCUACACGCAAAUCCGUAUUACAACAACAACAAUCGUCGUCGUCGCCGUCGCCCAGUGAAGUCGGUAAUUCGAAGAGAGAAAAAACUCAGUUUACAAAAAAAAUGGCUUCUUUAUACGUCGGAGACCUUCACAACGACGUCACCGAAGCAAUGCUGUUCGAGAAGUUCAGCACGGUCGGCGCGGUCUUGUCCAUCCGCGUGUGCCGCGACAUGAUCACCCGCAGAUCGUUGGGUUACGCCUAUGUCAACUUCCAAAACAUGGCGGACGCUGAGCGUGCAUUGGAUACCAUGAACUUUGACAUACUUAAAGGGCGCCCAAUGAGAAUCAUGUGGUCACAGAGAGAUCCUUCAUUGAGAAAAUCUGGUGUCGGCAACGUGUUCAUCAAGAACUUGGAUAGAAGUAUCGACAACAAAGCCAUGUACGACACGUUCUCUGCUUUUGGCAAUAUAUUGAGCUGUAAAGUCGCUCAAGACGAGACUGGCCAAUCGAAAGGCUAUGGAUUUGUCCAUUUUGAAAUGGAACAAUCGGCAACUCAAUCAAUUGAAAAAGUUAACGGCAUGUUGCUCAACGGAAAGAAAGUGUUUGUGGGUCGUUUUGUCGGCAGAAAAGACCGCGAAAAGGAAUUGGGCCAAAAAGCUAAAUUGUACACCAAUGUUUACAUCAAGAACUUGGAUGAAAACGUCAACGAUGAGAAAUUAUUCGAUAUGUUCAAAGCCUUUGGUACCAUCACUAGCUACAAAGUCAUGUUUAGAGAAGACGGCUCGUCCAGAGGUUUUGGAUUUGUGGCCUUUGAAGAUCCAGAGGAAGCCGAAAAAGCUGUUAUCGAAUAUCACGGCAAAGAAAGUCCAGAAGGAAAGACUUACUACGUAGGCCGAGCUCAAAAGAAAGCGGAACGUCAGACAGAGCUGAAACGCAAGUUUGAACAGUACAAGAUAGAACGUAUGAAUAGAUACCAAGGCGUUAACUUGUAUGUGAAAAACCUGGACGAUACCAUUGAUGAUGAGCGGCUACGUAAAGAAUUCAGCGUUUUCGGAACCAUUACAAGUGCUAAAGUUAUGAUGGACGAUGGUCGUAGCAAAGGCUUUGGAUUUGUAUGUUUCUCGUCGCCGGAAGAAGCUACUAAAGCAGUCACCGAUAUGAACGGCCGUAUUGUCGGUACCAAACCGUUGUACGUUGCAUUGGCUCAGCGCAAAGAAGACCGUAAAGCCCAUCUGGACUCUCAAUACUUGCAGCGCAACACCAAUAUCCGUAUGCAGUCCAUCGGUCCGAUUUAUCAACCCGGUGGCUCGAGUGGUUACUUUGUGCCGACAAUUCCACAACCACAACGUUUCUACGGGCCCACUCAAAUGACUCAGAUUCGUCCACAACCAAGAUGGGCUGCACAACCUCAAGUCAGAGCCGGCGCUCCUCAAGCAGCCGCUGCAGGUUAUCCCAACAUGGCCACACAAUACAGAAACAUUGGCGCACGAGCUCCAGUUCCCGCCGGUCAACAAGCGGCCAUGGCCAGAAACACAAUGGUGGACAGAAAUGCCAGACCAAUCAGCACGGCUCAACAACAAAUGCCCGGUGCUGUCCCGGCCGGAGGAGUACGCGUUCCCGGAGCCCGAGGUACCGGCGCCGGAUACAAGUACACGGCCAACAUGCGCAAUCCACCGGGACAAGCCCAAGGCAUGGGACAAGCGCAGCCAGGCCAGCCGCCUGCACCUGUACAAGCUGCUGUGCACGUUCACGGACAAGAGCCGCUUACGGCUACUAUGUUGGCCACUGCUCAGCCUGAAGACCAGAAACAAAUGUUGGGUGAACGAUUGUUCCCGCUUAUCCAGCGUAUGUAUCCCGACUUGACCGGUAAAAUCACUGGAAUGUUGUUGGAGAUCGACAACUCGGAUUUGCUUCACAUGUUGGAACAUCACGAGUCUUUGAAGAGCAAAGUCGAAGAGGCCGUCGCCGUGCUUCAAGCUCAUCAAGCGCAACAAACUGGUGUGAAAAAAGAAUAGAAUGUGUGCGACGCUCGAAAAAAAAAACCAUCAUCAUUCUUUACAUAAAUAUUUUAAGUUUUUAGGGUUUUUUUUCAUAAAAAAAAUUUAUAUUAAAAAAAAAAAAAAGGAAAAUUAGGAUUUUUAUAACGAGUAAAAAAAAAAAUUAACGCAUUGAAAAAAAAAAAUAUAUUUUAAUUCUAAAAUUUGAAAUAAUACGAAAAAAAAAGAAACAAAAAAAUGGAAAAAUUAAGAUAAUGUAAAAAAAAAAAAAAAAAAAAGUACAUAUUAUAUAACUACCUAAAAAGCCAGCCUCUACACUCAUGUUGGAUUUCACAUAGCAGUAAAUAACCGGGAAAAUCGAGUAAAUACGAUGGCAGGUUUCAAAAAUCAGUAGUUGGGUCACAAAACAUUUACGCAGUUUUCCGUAUUUGAAAUUAAACUGAAUUUGUAAUUGACAAAUAUUUAAUUGUUUUCGUGGGAGUAUAUUCUGUUAAAGUUUCGUGUUUAAAUAUAAUUAAAUUUUUUUGGUUUUUGUUUAAUAAACAACUCUCGUACUGCCCGCCAAUAAAAUUGGGACUAUUUUCGAACCAGGUAAUAAUCAUGUACAGUUAUAUGCUGUUGUGUACUGUACCUACUACUGUUAAUUUUUCCGUUGUAAUAAUUUUUUUUUUUUUAUUAACGCAACAAAUAGUAUAUUAGUAUUUCAUUGGUCGAUAUUAUUAUAUAAUAUAUUGUAUGUAUUGUAUUUAAAAAAAAUAAAUCCGUUCUAUAAUAUAAUUAUAAUGAACUUUACACGAUAUAUAA